AUGAAAGGAAGCCAUGCCCUCUUUCCUUUGCUGUAUUUGGCCUUGUUUUUAAGUAUUGGUGUCCUCUCUUCUUCUUCUUCUUCUUCUUCUUCUUCUUCUCACCACUACUACUGUGAUCAAGCUGAUUCUCUUCUGCUACUGCAAUUCAUAAAACAAUUUGAGGGGCAUAAGAAAUUAGGAUGGAAUGAGAGCUCAUCAGAUUGUUGCAAAUGGGAAGGUGUUACUUGUGAUACUUCCACUGGUCAUGUCAUUGGUUUGGACCUCAAUUCUUGGGGGCUUCAUGGACCCAUCCACCCCAAUAGCACCAUUUUUCACCUUCAUCACCUUCAAAAUCUCAAUUUGGCCUUUAAUGACUUCUAUUUAAGCCCUCUCCCGAAUGAGAUUGGUAGUCUGACUAGCUUGACUCAUCUCAAUAUUUCAACUUCAUCAUUAUACGGAAUCAUUCCAUUUGAGAUUUCAUAUUUGUCCAAGUUAAUUUCUCUUGAUCUUUCUUUUAAUUAUAAUCUUCAAGCCAAUGAUUCAAGUAUAUUAUUUCUUCAUAACCUCACCCAGCUUGAGCUACUUUCUUUGUCUGGAAAUGGUCUCUAUUGUAGCAUACCAAGGAAUAUAUCUACUUCAUUGAAAUAUCUAGAUCUUUCAUUAAAUGAUAUAUCUGGCUCCAUUCCCGACACUAUUUUUCAGUUAUCUGAAUUACAAUCACUUAUUCUACAUGAGAAUACCCACCUAUUUGGUUCAUUACCCAAGUUUAGUUGGAGUUGCAAUCAUACCCUACAAUGCUUGGAUCUUAGUGAUACGAGUAUGACUGGAGAGCUACCAAAUGCAAUCGGCAAUCUCAGGUACCUGAACUACUUCUCACUCUCUCGUGAUACUUGUAUUUACUCAGGUGUGGAACCUCUUGGUAGUUUUUUUGGUUCUAUUCCAGAAUCAAUUGGCAACCUCACACAUUUGAAAGUAUUGGAUUUAGGGUGUAAUGAUUUCAAUGGUAGUGUGCCAUUCACAAUUUCAAAAUUGAACCAACUAACCACAUUAGACCUUUCAAGCAACUACUUUGAAGGAGGAAUUCCAGAUGUUUUUUCUAGCCUCCAAGAGAUUACCACUUUAGAUCUCGAACGAAACACAUUCACUGGCCUUUUCCCAAUUUCUGUUCUAAACCUAACUCGACUUGAAGGUUUAGUUUUAGAAGAUUAUUCACUAAUUGGCUCUCUCCCAUCUGUUGGAACCGGACUUCAAAAUCUCCCAUUUUUAUCCUUGUCUGGGAAUGCACUCUUUGGCACAAUACCACCCUGGAUUUUGAGUAUUCCCUCUUUAAUAAUGUUGGAUCUCAGCCAAAAUCAAUUCACAGGCCAACUUCCUCAAAUUUUGAGUGCGAGCCGACUUCAUAAUCUCCAGAUAUUGUCCUUGUCUGGGAAUGCACUCUUUGGCACAAUACCGCCUUGGAUUUUUAGCAUUCCAUCUUUAGACGAUUUGGAUCUCAGCCAAAAUCAAUUUACAGGGCAGCUUCUUGGAAUUUUGAGUGAAUCAUUAAAUGCGACCAGACUCAAAAAUCUCCGGACAUUGUCCUUGUCUGGGAAUGCACUUAAUGGAACAAUACCAUCUUGGAUUUUUAGCAUUCCAUCUUUACGCAAGUUGGAUCUCAGCCAAAAUCAAUUUAUAGGGCAGCAUCCUGGAAUUUUGACUGAAUCAUUAAAUGCGAGCAGACUCAAAAAUCUCGAGACAUUGUCCUUGUAUGGGAAUGCACUCAAUGGAACAAUACCAUCUUGGAUUUUUAGCAUUCCAUCUUUAGCCUAUUUGGAUCUCAGCCAAAAUCAAUUUACGGGGCAGCUUCCUGGGAUUUCGAGUGAAUCAUUAAUUAGUGUUGUUUUGUCAGAUAAUCAACUAUAUGGUCAAAUCCCUCCUAGCUUUCUAAGAAUUUAUAAGCUUGAUCUUUCUUUUAAUCCUUUUUCAUGGAACAAUGAUUGGAAGAUCAUAGCAAAUUUAAGUGAUUUUCAAAUACAAGAGUUAUGGUUAUCCUCUUGCGAGAUUAGGGUGUUCCCCACCUUCAUAAGAAACUUAACGGCAUCCCUAACACUGAUAGAUCUAUCCAACAAUCAGUUAGAAGGACAAAUUCCAAAUUGGUUUACAUCUAUGGAUUGGAGUUUGAUCCAAUAUUUGGAUUUUUCUCAAAAUCGUCUUAUAGGUGGUAUUAACCAAUUGUUCAUCCCAAAUAUACUUUAUCUUGAUCUUCACUCCAACCAACUCCAGGGACCUUUAACUAUCACUAUCUGCAAUUUAAGUUCACUUCAACUUUUGAACUUAAAAUAUAACAAGUUCAAUGGCUUAAUUCCACAAUGCUUGGGUGAGUUUGAUCAACUUUCUGUGUUGGAUUUGGGAAUGAACAACUUCAAUGGGAUUGUUCCAACAAGUUUUCCAAAGGGCUGCAGCUUCACAACCAUAGCUUUGAAUGGGAAUCAACUUGAAGGACCGAUUCCAAGAUCUUUGGUCAGUUGCACAAAACUAGAGGUCCUUGAUUUGGCGAAUAAUAAGCUUAUUGACACAUUUCCUAAUUGGCUUGGCUAUCUUCAAGAGUUAGAGGUUCUAAUACUGAGUUCAAAUAAACUCUAUGGACCAAUAACCUCAUUAGAUUCCGAGAUCCGAUUUUCAAAUGUACGAAUCUUUGAUCUCUCAUGUAAUAGUUUUUCUGGUGUCCUCCCAAAAAAAUUGUUCAAUGACUUCAAAGCUAUGGUCAAUGUAAAUCAAAGUAAAAAAGAAGCUAGUUAUAUGGACCAAGAUUUCGGGGAAGGGAAACUUUAUAACAUUUCAAUCAAUUUAGUGGUGAAAGGUAAUGAGGUUCAACUUGAAAAAGUCCUUACCAUUCUCACUACAAUUGAUUUAUCAAGCAAUCAAAUUGAAGGACAAAUUCCAAUGUCCAUUGGAAAUUUGAAUUCACUACGACUUCUUAACAUAUCACACAACUGCUUCAAUGGAAGCAUUCCACACCAAUUAGGAGAUAUUAAAUUGCUUGAAUCUUUAGAUAUCUCUUGGAACCAACUGAUAGGAAGGAUCCCGGAGCAAAUCACAAGUUUAACAUUUCUUGAGGUCUUAAACUUGUCACAAAACCAUUUGGUUGGACCCAUUCCUACAGGGAAGCAAUUCAACACUUUUGGAAAUGACUCAUAUGGAGGGAACCUCAACUUAUGUGGAUUUCCAUUGUCAAGGGGUUGCAACGACAAUAGUAGGCCACAUGAGACCCACCAACAUGUUGAGCAAGAAGAAAAGUCAUAUUUUUUAAGUGGAUUUACUUGGAGAGUUGUAGUGAUUGGGUUUGGUUGCGGAAUGGUAUUUGGAAUCUUAAUUGAGAAUAUCAUGUCUCGAAUUGGAAAGCCAGAAUGGUUUGUGAAUUUCUAUGGAGGCAACCGGCACAGAAAAGUUUCAAGGCCAAAAAGGAAUGGUCGAAGGCACUGA